AUGAACGCAGGAGGCCUUUACAGACUGUUCCAGGCUACCAUCCUCCUCUACAUCACAUCCUCCAUCAUCUAUCAGCAACGAUAUCUCAAAACUGAAAACGUCAUCAACGGAGCGGUCAGGGUCACUUUACAGGCGCCGGCAGAUGGAAUAGCAACAUCAGCAUACUGCAGACCAUCAGCAGCAACAGCAGCAUCCCCUCCAUUACCGGGAUCAACAUCCCCAUGUCUCUACUGGAGUUCAAACGACAUUCUCUACGAGCCAGGCGUAGACGGAGCACUCAUCACUACACGGGCACAAAUUACACAGUACGGACCCUUCAACAACCAAACAAAUGCCACUCCAACAAAGUGCGAUGUCAAUGCGCCCAUCGCUGCGGGAUGUGACCCGCACUCUGCUCCUACGACUUUGUUGUUGCCAACCUCGUUGGUGGCGGAUAUUGAGCGGUUCACGUUGAUGCUGGAGCAUUCUAUUCGUGGGCAGGCGACGGGGCUGCAGAUUCGGUCGGGAAAUAUGGAGGCGGGAGUGUUGCGUGAUUCUGGAUCGGGGGAAGUUUUGAAGUCGUUCACGGAUCAGAGUCGAUAUGUCCCUGCUGCUGUUACUUCAACAGUCGAUACAAAGGUGGCAAACGAAUCAGUGACAGCAUCAGCAACAGCGACAGUGGAUGGCAGCAAGAUGGUUCAUUUGGCAGGAGACGUGAUGACCGUAGGCGAGUUCUUGAAAGCCGCUGGCGUGAACCUGGACGAUAUAUCGACUUCGCCAUCAGCGUCUGUCAAUGAGACUGUGCGGUCCUCGGGGAUUGUUGUGAUCGUGGUGAUUCAGUAUGCGGCCAAAGGCUGGAACCCCAACAAGAUCAGCUACGAGUAUCUGCCCAAGGCCAUCCCUGACCAAGAGUACAAGGUUAUUGAGACCAUCCGCGACUUCCGCGGAGGCAAUCGAGUCGAGAUCAAUCGGCAUGGCAUCCGAAUCGUAUUCUCACAAGCCGGCCAAUUGGGUCAGUUCUCACUGAUGACUCUGUUGACCAACCUCGUCGCAGCAGUGGCGCUCUUCAAGGUCGCCAACAUCAUUGUCGAACUUAUGAUGCUCCGUCUUCACCCUCAGAAGAAGAUCUAUACCCGCGCCAAGUUUGAGCACGCCAGGAAUGAUGUCCCACCACUGCAACGGGAUGGUACCGGCAGUAUCAGCGCUACUGGACCGAAGGAGUUGACGGCCGGUGAGGAACAGACUGGGACUGGGACUGGAAGCAAUUCGAGUUUUAGGGGGCGACCUCAGCAUGAUGGACUGGACAGCGAGACGGUGUCACCUGGCUCGUCAGUUUCUGCAUUGGGUGGUUCUGGAAAGACUGCAGGGCGGUCUGGUGGAUUCGGUGAGUCGGCAGAGGGCUCUCGUCAAGCAGGAUUCUCGCGUCGUGGCGGUAUUGACGAAGAGGCCGCCUCUCGCAACCAACAUGAGGAACUGGAGGACUUUUUGACAUCCAGCGACGACAGCGGUGACAGUGAUGCAGAUGUCAAGAGAGAAAGACGGAGAUCCUACGUUCAGGACUCGCUGACAAAAUCCCAGAGCAGCUCUGUCGACCCCACACGGUCUCAGCUCCGUGUGGUUGUGUCGAGACAGAGCAAUGACAACCUUUCAGGAUACGGAUCCAAGGAUGCUUGUCACAGUGUAACAACACCCAUCUCGACCAACGGAACUGUGGGUCGCCAGCACGGCAAUCAGUUGACAAAGGCUGCAUCCAGCAAGGCGACGGCGAUGAGCGGUGUUGACUGGAACAGGAAUGGCUCGAGUUCCGCACUCAGUGGUGGGGAUGUUACCCCGGGUGUUGCCAGGACAACUACUACUAUCCGCCCCACAGCAGCGUCCAUUUAUGGUCUUGGUCAAGGGUAUGGUUCGAUGACCUCUCGAGACUCGACGGAUGAGAUUGAGAUUGAGACUCGGUUUGGACCUGUCCGGCCGAAUGAGUACAAAGGGUUCAACCCUGGUGGGUUGUCGCUGACUGGAACUCCUCCACUGUCACCUUCCCCCUCACAGGCACGGUAUGCAAUUGGUGGAUCGAUGCGUCGUGGAUCUGCGACCCCCGAGCGGUCGACUGUAUAUGGUGUCUCGACACCUAGCCCUAUUCGAAGUGCAGAGCCCUUCUCGGCGUUCAGAUCUCCGGCAACAAUGCAGGCUACUUCGCCCAGUCCUGUCUUUUUCGGUCACCACCAUCAUUAUAACCAAAGCGGUAUGGAUCGUCGUGGAUCUGUUGCGGAGGACGAUAGGGGAGGCAGCAGUCGUACCAAGAAGCAUCCAUCCGCCAUGAAAUCGACCGGUCUUGCGUCGCCCUCUUCGCCUCAUGAGAUGACAAGGACUCUCAAGUCUCGUCACUCUUCUGGAUCGUUGUCGUCGCUGUCCAGUUCGUCGUCAAUGUCGUCGUUGGCUUCUUUCUACGAGGGAGGUGAUCUACAACGGAGUGUUACCCCUGGUGCGAUGACCAGUUUUGGAUUUUGUCAAUCAGGCACAGGAGUUGGAGGAGGUGGAACUCGGUCAUCAACUUCGACAUGGUCGUAUGGUCUCCCUGACAGUCCGCUCCGAGGGGAAUGCAGUGGAGGAGAGAGACUUACAGGAUUCACGACUCGAUAUACAACACCCCGCCAUUGCUCCAAGAAGGACAGGUCUGCAGCUACCGGUGGCUCAGGAGGGCGUGAGCAUAAGAAACGUCGGAAGGAGUACAGCCAAGCAACACUUGCUGGUGGUCGGUAUGAGUCUCCGCUGCAGUCGAAAUCAGAGGUGAUCUUGACGAGGCCCAUGUUUGGACUGGGUAGUUCGAGCAACAUGUCGUCCUUCUCGUUGUCGUUGGCUGCUUCUACAGAGUCGCCUUCUCCCAAGGAUGUCAAGGGCAAGCAUGUUGAUUCCAAGUGGUCUGUUGAGGGGAGCUCUUCUGUCCCAACUCCCACCGUUGCACCAUCUACAACGACGGCGUUCAAUGUGACGAUGGCGCCCUUCCAGCUGCCCAUGCCAGCCUACUUCAGCCAGGGACUGGGCUCGAAACUGGAUCUGGAGGAUGCACUUGCAGGAUUCCCUUCCUCUUCGUCGUCAAGCUCGACUCCUGCUGCUACUUCAACAACACUCGGCGGAAAGCAACCACAGCGAGGAGGAAACAUAAACAGUCUGCGCCGUACGUUGCGCUCUUCAGUGUCAUCACCUUCGCUGUUGACGAGUCAUCGGGAUGCUACUUCUGCGAUUGCUGCGACCUCGGGGUUGCCUGCGCAGGCUCAGCUGGCGUCGCAUAGCGACCUCCCGCCCAAAUCUGGAAUCGUUGAGCCUUCUUUGAUUUCGUCGUCUUCGUCAUCUCCAAGGUCGAGCAGCGUGAGUGGACAGGAUGCCACUGUCUUGUCGCAGUCGCUCUUUGACGCCUCUGUAUCAAGUGCGACCGGUGCUCCUACUGUGCACUCCACAGUAUCUGGUGACGAACGAACUGCAAGAUCUCGUCUUUUAAACGCCGGAUCUGUUGGUCACUUUGCACAUACAACACCGGACCAAGGCGGCGACAACCGUAGUAACACUCCGAAAGUAGCGUCUUACACCAGCUUCCAGGGAACCACACCGGCGCUUGUCAGCGCUGUCUCCCACUUUUCGGGAACCUCUUCCUCUUCCUCUUCCUCCUCCUCGUUCGCGCCUUCUGACGCCAGAUACCCAUCUGCUCCUAUGAGCGGCUCCAAUGUAGCGAGAACGUCUGUAGAAUACCCGUUCACCAGGAUACCCUCUUCCAGUCCUGGAGCAACAUCAACCACCACCGCCACCACCGCCCCACCCCCUGUCGCCUUACAGCCUCACCUUCCCCACGUCAACCACACCCAUCCCAACCUCAUCCUCCUCUUCCGCUCUUGGAGUAAGUGGAAGCAACCCGCAACAGUAUUAUACGAACCCGACGAGCACAUUCUUCACAAGCCCGAUUACAUCCUCAUGCGUGAUGACGAUCCCCGAAACGGGGGUCCGGGUGCUGGGGCCGACGAUUACGAUGAUCACUGA